UCGUUACGGGGAUCUUCACGUGACACGACUGCGUUUUGGACAAAGGCACAACAAGUGACAUCAGCGCCAGCGCUUUCUGCAGCUUUUACCUGCUUUUCGCUCAACCCAUAGUACAACCUCACUAAAGUCAAAAAUGGCAACGAGUCAGCUAAACCACGAACAUGAUGGGUGGAAGAAAGAUCUCCAACUUCCCGCAAAAGAUAACCGUCCACAAACCGAAGAUGUCACAGCAACGAAGGGAAAUGAAUUCGAAGACUAUUUUUUGAAGCGCGAGUUAUUGAUGGGUAUAUUUGAGGCUGGAUUUGAACGACCCUCCCCAAUUCAAGAAGAAGCUAUCCCAAUUGCUUUAACCGGUCGUGAUAUAUUGGCAAGAGCUAAGAACGGCACUGGUAAAACCGCUGCUUUCGUUAUCCCUACCCUCGAAAAGAUCAACAACAAGAAAUCCAAUAUACAAGCUCUGUUGCUUGUCCCUACACGUGAGUUGGCCCUCCAAACCGCUCAAGUCUGUAAGAAUCUCGGAAAACACAUGGGCAUCCAUGUUAUGGUCACUACUGGUGGUACCACUCUCAAGGAUGAUAUCAUGCGUCUCGGCGAGACGGUUCACGUCGUGGUUGGAACACCUGGUCGUAUACUUGAUUUGGCUUCUAAAGGAGUCGCCGACUUCAGCAGUGCAACAACCUUUGUCAUGGAUGAAGCCGAUAAAUUGCUAUCUCCCGAAUUCUCACCCAUUGUCGAGCAACUUAUCUCAUAUUUCCCCAAGGAUAGACAAAUAAUGCUUUUCUCCGCAACUUUCCCAAUGAUUGUAAAGACUUUCAAGGACAAAUUUCUUGUCAAGCCCUACGAGAUCAACUUGAUGGACGAGCUUACAUUGAGAGGUGUUACCCAAUAUUACGCUUUCGUUGAAGAAAAGCAAAAGGUACACUGCCUGAACACCCUUUUCUCCAAGCUUCAAAUCAACCAGUCCAUUAUCUUCUGUAACUCCACCAACCGUGUCGAACUUCUCGCCAAAAAAAUUACUGAACUUGGCUACUCUUGCUUUUACUCACACGCGAGAAUGCUGCAGAGCCACCGAAACCGAGUUUUCCACGAUUUUAGAAACGGUGUUUGCCGUAACCUUGUCUGCUCUGAUUUGUUGACUCGUGGUAUUGAUAUUCAAGCAGUCAACGUCGUUAUCAACUUUGAUUUCCCAAAGAACGCCGAGACAUACCUUCAUCGCAUUGGUCGUAGUGGACGAUAUGGUCAUCUUGGUCUUGCUAUCAAUUUGAUUACCUACGAAGAUCGAUUUAACCUUUACAAGAUAGAACAAGAGCUUGGUACAGAAAUUCAAUCUAUUCCUCCGGUUAUUGACAAGCGCCUAUAUGUUGCACCCAGCGCUCUUGAUGAUGCUCAAAUUCAACAACCCAACCGACAACAAGCUUUAAUAACGCAGAAACAACAGCAACAAUCACAACAACAACAGCAACAACAACAACAACAACAGUUGCCUCCUCAACAACAGCCUCAACAAGCACUCCCACAACAGCAACAGCCAUUACCGACGCAUCCUCAGCAAAUGCCUCCUAUGCAACACCCGCAACAAAUGAUGCCCCCAUAUCAACAGUACCCCCAGCAAUAUGCUCCUCAGUACCCUCAACAGUACCUUCCACAGUACCAGAAUAUGCCAGGCUACGCACAACCACAAAUGAAUUAUUACGGUCAGCCCAUGCCUCCUUAUCAGCAACACCCAAUGCCGCCCCACAUGCAAGCACAACAGCAACAACAGCAGCAGCCUCAACAGCCACCAUAUAGCCCAAAUCAGCCUAAUGGCGGUGCCGGCCGUGGUGCUGGCAAGCAACAGCCAAAUGGUCCCCGUGGCCCAGGCAUCAAAACUGUGUCUUAAGGCGUGAACAUGUUGAGCGACAGAUGGAAGUAUAUAUGAAUACGCGG